AUGGCUCUAAUCGAAAAUCCUAGCUCCCUCUUAGUAGUCGGUCUUCUACUCGCCACAGCAGGUUAUGGGCUAGUGACCGCGUUUCUUUCACCCCUUCGUCGCAUACCAGGCCCUUGGUAUACUCAUUUCACCCAUCUCAUCCUCAAAUGGCACGUUAUCUCCGGAAACAGAGUCCACUAUAUACACUCCCUGCACCAGCGGUAUGGCCCGAUCGUCCGCGUUGCACCAGAGGAAAUCGCCAUCAGCGACCUUGAGGCUUUCUCCACAAUACAUAAAAUAGGUGGUGGAUUCCUCAAGUCUGCUUGGUAUGACGGUAUAACACCUGACCGUGAGCCUGGUAUCUUCGUUAUGCGGGAUCCUCACCAGCACGCCGCUCGUCGACGGUUGUUUGCCCGUGCUUUCAGCGUUAGUUCACUACUGGCGAAUUGGGAGACGGUGAUUAGAGGAAAGACUGAGCUUGCUGUUCAAAAGAUUAAGGAAGAUUCGCAGAAUGGUGGAGCUAAUGUCUUUAAGUGGUGGACACUUAUGGCUACGGAUGUUAUUGCUGAACUUUCCUUUGGAGAAUCGUUCCGGAUGCUGGAGCUUGGCAAGCAAACGCCAUAUAUCGACUCCAUCCAAGCAAGUUUGCUGAUGAGCGGCAUCCGCAGCGAACUCUCGUGGAUCUACCCCAUUCUUCAAUAUCUUCCCUUCAAAGGCCUCAAGAAAAUACUAAAUGCCGAUAGCGUGGUCCACGAUCACGGUUCGGUAGCCGUUCGGAACAUGCAAAGUGCUGGCGACGGGUUGAGCAAAGCGAACCUGUUCAGCCAAAUGCUCGCCGAGGCAGAUGGCCAGGAAAAGACGUCUCUUUCUACAUCGAGUGUACAGGCAGAAGCAAGCAACCUGAUCAUCGCUGGAUCAGACACAACUGCUGUUACGUUGACUUAUCUUAUCUGGGCUGUGCUCAAGAAUCCCCAGCUUCAAACUGAUUUGGAAAAAGAAUUGUCAGAGCUGAGUGAUGAAUUGUCCUUCGAUGAACUCAAAACUGCACCCCUGCUCAACAGUGUCAUUGAAGAGACACUUCGUUUAUACGGUGCAGCGCCUGGUGCAAUUCCUCGCGUAGUGCCCGCCAAAGGUGCCUCUCUUUGUGGCCACUUCCUCCCUGGCGGUACUGUUGUUAGCACACAGGCUUUUACGAUGCACCGCAACGAGGCGCUAUUUGAUGACGCUCAAAGAUUCAAUGGCUAUCGAUUUAUGGAUAAGUCCAAGUUGACGAAUACGCAAAAGACUGCCUUAUCGCCUUUCGGUGCGGGCUCCAGAGUCUGCAUUGGUUUACACUUGGCCUGGAUGGAGCUACGCCUUGGUACUGCGCUAUUCUUCCGUGAGUGUCGUGGCGCUAGAUUGGGUACACAGAUGACGGAUGAGAUGAUGGAGAUGGAGAACCACUUCUUGAUUGCACCCAAGGCUCAUACUUGUGUAGUCAAGACAUAA